AUGGAAAAGACACGCGGGCCAGACGUGCAGCUUUUGUCUGGGAGGCCUCCUCAGCUGUGCGUGAGGGAGGCCAACUGGACCGCUUUCUUAUUCCAGGCUCAUGAGGCUUCACACCACCACCAUCACCACCACCAUCAUCACCAACAACAGGCUGCUCAAAACAGCUUGCUGCCACUGUUGGGAGCGCCAGUUGAUCCUCCUGAUCAAAAACCUAUGUUACCUUUACCAAUAACUCAAAAACCUCAUCCUCCUCCAGAACCUUUAAAAGAACCUGUUGUAGUAAAGAAAGAAAAAUCGAAAACCUCCUUUGUGUGCACCUAUUGCAGCAAAGCAUUUAGGGACAGUUACCAUUUGAGGCGCCAUGAAUCUUGCCACACAGGAAUAAAGUUAGUGUCACGGCCAAAGAAAACACAGACUGCGCCGGUUGUGCCACUCAUAUCAACUAUCGCUGGAGACAAUAAUAGAACAUCCUUGGUUUCAACAAUUGCAGGGAUACUGUCUACUGUUACAACAUCGUCUUCAACUACAAUUCCUAGUGCAAGCACUAGCAUCCCAACGAUGCCAGUCCCUCAGCCUGUGAAGAAGCCUAGCAAACCUGUUAAGAAAAACCAUGCCUGUGAAAUGUGUGGAAAGGCCUUCAGGGAUGUUUAUCAUUUAAAUAGGCACAAGCUUUCGCAUUCAGAUGAGAAACCCUUUGAAUGUCCAGUCUGCAAUCAACGUUUUAAAAGAAAAGACCGCAUGACCUAUCAUGUAAGAUCGCAUGAAGGAGGAAUUACCAAGCCCUAUACGUGUAGUGUUUGUGGGAAAGGAUUUUCAAGACCCGAUCAUUUAAGCUGUCAUGUGAAGCAUGUGCAUUCUACCGAAAGACCUUUCAAAUGCCAAACCUGUACUGCUGCCUUUGCUACCAAAGACAGACUUCGGACACACAUGGUGCGCCAUGAAGGAAAGGUGUCUUGUAAUAUAUGUGGCAAACUUCUUAGUGCAGCUUACAUUACGAGUCACCUAAAGACGCAUGGUCAAAGCCAAAGUAUUAAUUGUAAUACCUGUAAGCAAGGUAAAAAGUUUCAAGGUCAGCUUCAUGAACUUCAAACUCCAGUUCAUUGCAGAAUUAAAUAUGAAGCUCCAGACUCCCUCUUUUGUGCUGUGGAUCAGAAUCAUAGGACCUUUUCAAUAGACGCAAGUAACAUGUGCCAAACGUCUUCUGCAGCCCAGACGUCAGUGACUCUUACUUCUCCCUUCAAUAUUACGUCCUCAGUAGCAGCAUCAGGGACCCUUACAAACCCUGUAACGGUGGCAGCAGCCAUGAGCAUGAGAAGUCCAGUGAAUGUCUCCAGCCCUGUCAAUAUCGCUUCUUCUAUGAAUCUUGGUCAUCCAGUGACCAUAACAACGCCGAUUUCUAUGACUUCACCUUUAUCCUUAACAUCUCCGGUUAAUUUGCCUACUUCAGUCACUGGUCAGGUGAACAUUGCACAUCCAGUCACUAUAACAAGCCCUAUGAAUCUGCCAACCUCAAUGACUUUAGCGGCUCCCUUAAAUAUAGCUAUGAGAUCAGUGGAGAGUAUGCCGUUCUUAUCACAAGCUCUACCAUCUACACCACCUUGGUAAAGGGAAAGCAAAAAAAAUGCAUAGAUAUAUUUUCAAAGCAGUAUUAUGGGGUUGUUAGUAGUUGUUUAGCAGCAACUGACAGUCAUGAAUUUAUAAAAGGCUUACAGCUAUUUGUUGAUGUUUGAACCUUGAGUUUUACUAAUUUGAGCGGUUAUUCUGCCUUCAGAAUUGAUCUGGACCGUACCCAGCUAAGGAGAAGGAUGAAAGAAAAAAAAAAAAAGACUGAACAUAGGCUAGAUGACUGUUUUAUUGACAGCAUUUUUUUUAAAGAUUUGUUUUUAGUAUUUUACCCAGGUAACUCUUGUUUUAAAUAACACUAGCAAUGAAUUCUUUCAUUUUUAUGCCAAAAAUGUGCAUAUUUUUUUGUCACUACUAUAAUUGAGAUACUAGGAUAGGUGCUCCUCUGUGCUUCUUGACUGUUCAAAGUUUAUGAAAUGUGUAAAAAC